CAAAGACGGACGGACGGACAGCAAGAAGGCAUCCGCGAUGGAGGCGUCGGGAACGACCUCGUCGACCGUCGGCACACGAGCGCCGACGCAGAACCCUCGGCGCCUGCCCCGCUCGGACGGAGGAGCGUCCCUCCCCGGCAGCGGGGCCCGGUCCCCCCAGGGAGCCUUGCGGACCCCGUGUCGCGGCACCAAGGGCACCCACGACGGCUCCGUGCAGGCCGGCAGACUCCGGGAGAGGCUCCUGCAGAGCCGAGCGGAGAAGAGGUCGACGUCCCAAGGUGGCACCGGCGCCGCCGGGGGUGCGGUGGAGGGGCGAGCGGGACGGUUCCCGCCCUGGCCAGAGUGGAGCGACGCGGAGGUCAACGCGGAGAAGUGGGAUGGACCGCGCGCUGGGGGCGGGAAGGAGAAGGGCAGGAGUCCCAGCCUGAAUUUCUUUGAGGACCCCGAGGGCAAGAUCGAGCUGCCCCCCUCGCUGAAGGUGCACGCUUGGAAGAGGCCCCAGGACUUCAUCACUGACCGCGUCCCAGUGGUGGUGGAGGAUGUGACGGGAUUUGAUCUGCUAACUCCCAACACACAUCUCCUGCACAGCGAGCUGAUGCGCAGCGUGAUCAGCGACGUCACGUCGCUUUGGCGUGCGACCCGAUCGGGCGGAGGUGCCGCGGCCGACGAUCCCGCGGGGGGCUCAGGUGGCGGGGGGCACCCCGGUCAGCGGCCGUGGAACCCCUGGGAGCACGUCUACUCGCUCUGCAAGGCUGGCCGGGCUCCGCACGUGCCGCAGUUCAACGGUUACGGGAAAUACGUCGUGCGUCUCUACUGGAUGGGCUGCUGGCGCCGCGUGACGGUGGACGACACGGUCCCGUUUGACGAGGCCAACCGCGCGCUGCUGCCCACGUGCACCGGCCCCGCUGAGCUGUGGCCCACGCUGCUCACCAAGGCCAUCGUCAAGCUCGCCAGCGUGCACUGUGUGGGGCGGAGUGGCCACGGCGAGCUGGGAGAGUUUACGGUGCUGCACUGCCUCACCGGCUGGAUCCCUGAAGUCAUCCCUCUACGGGUUGCCCACGCUGCCCACGUUUGGGGCCUGCUGCGGGAGCUGCUGCCCGAAUUCCGCCUGCCCCCGGAGGACGGAGAGGGGGCUCGCCCAGAGGAGCACGCGACCCCGGGGGUCCCGGUGGAGCCGGCGGUCGAAGAGCCCCCGCCGGCCGCGGCGGCGGCGGAUCCCGGUCCCCCCAACCCCGCGGCGGAGCCCCCCGCGACGGCGCCCGGCAAGGACUGCAGGAAGGAGGGGCCCCCCAAGGCCGCCGAGCGUGGGACGCCAGCCGACAGGAUGGAUGGGAAGGAGGGCGGCCGACGGAAAGGGAAGGAGCUGGAGAAGGACAAGAGGAAGGCCGCUCCUUCGGAAUCUGUGUCGCCAGUGCCUGAAGAGAGAUUGAGCGCUAACUUUGGGACGGUGCCCGACAAGCCGGAGGUGGUGGUGUUCGCGAGCUACAGGUGUCCAGCCAGCGGCAGCGAAAGUUUCUCUGUGCUGGGCAGGAUGGCGGACGCGGCGCAGAAGCUGCGUGAGGCCGGCCUCUCCCCCGUGUGGCCGCACCUCCUCCACGUGAGCCGCACUCGCAGCUCCCCGCUCGUGCCGCCCCCGCGCUCGCCACCCGUGCCGCCCUGGAAGCUCGUGCGGCCACGCAAGAGCAAGCCCCUGCCACGUGACGAGCCCGAAGAGCCGGAGGUGAAGAGAGCCGAGCAGUUUGUGGAGAUCUCCUCCCCCUUCCUGGACCAGCGGCUGAGUUGCAUCCCCUCCGCUCCAGGCUUCAUCAGCGAGGCGGAGGAGCAGGGUGAAGAGUCGCAGAAGUGUCUGGCGGAACCCGUGGCAGAGAAACCCUCGGAUGCUCUGCGUCCCCCACCACCGGAACCUCAGUUUCCCGAGCGUGAGCCCAGCCCCGUGGUAGCAGGUCCCGUUGAGAGCCCAGUGCCGCAGGACACCAUGAACGGGAGGGGGGAAGCCCGGCCCUGCUGAUGAGACCCAAGCAACCAGAGACCCGAGGGACAAGAGCGACGCGUGGAUUCACUUCGAGGACUUCUGCACGGCCUUUCAGU